GUUAUAAGCAGGCUGACAGCAGUUAUAAUCUACAGGGCUGCUCAAGUGUCAGAUCAUAGACAAACAUGUUGGGAACGGCUUUCUUACUUUUAAACGGACUGCUUAUACUACUACUUCUUUUCACCUUUCGUGCAAGAAAGAAGAAUGAGCCUCCUCUUGAUCUUGGCUUCAUCCCAUGGCUGGGUCACGCUCUAGAGAUGAGAAAUGAUGUUACAAAGUUUCUUGCAAGAAUGAAAGACAAACAUGGGGACAUCUUUACAGUUCGUGUUGCUGGUUUAUAUAUAACAGUUCUGUUGGACCCACACUCCUUUGAUGAUGUGCUGAAUGACAACACCAAUAGCUUUGACUCCACCCACAUCAGAGGGCAGCUCUUAAAACAGAUCUUCAAUCUGCAGCUUCCAGGAAACUACCCCACAUCUGAAAGGAAAUGGAUGGAACCACAUUUCCAAGGUCUAAAUCUUGAUAGACUGAAUACUUCCAUGAAUAUUCAUCUUACCAGUGUGAUGCUGAAAAGUUUUGAAUCCUGCAGCCCGUCAGAGUGGAGAGAGGAAGGAUUGUUUGAGCUCUGUUACAGUUUUCUUUUUAGAGCUGGAUAUCUCACAUUGUUUGAGAGGAAGGAUGAUGUUGCUGCCAUCUAUGAGGAAUUCCGCAAGUUUGACAAUCUACUUCCUAAACUGGCUCGCAGUUCACUGAAGCAAGAGGAAAAGAAGAUGGUUGCCACAUCCCAGGAGCGGCUGUUGGAACUGCUGUCCCCAAAAUGUCUGAAUGGGGAAUCGGAGGCUAAUUCCUGGCAGCAGAGCUAUGUUCAGUUCCUGCAACAGCAAGGCAUAGAUGUGGACAUGCAGAAAAAAGCUCACCUACUGCAGCUGUGGACCACACAGUGCAACGCUGGACCUGCUGCCUUCUGGCUCCUCAGCUUCCUGCUUACUCACCCUGAGGCUAUGGAGGCUGCUAAGUCAGAGAUCAGAGACCUUCUUUCUCUCCAGGAUACUUCCCUCCAGCGACACCACUUGAACUGGCUGGAAGGAGCGAGCACACCUGUAUUUGAUAGCAUUUUGAAUGAGACCUUACGGCUUACCACUUCAGUAUCGAUCCGAAGAGAAGUUGUUCAAGACAAGAUCCUUCGAAUGGCCAAUGGAAAGGAGUACCGCCUGAGACGUGGGGAUAGAGUGUUACUGUUUCCUUUUCUCAGCCCUCAAAUGGACCCAGAGAUUUACGAAGAGCCAGAGAUGUUCAAGCAUGAUCGCUUCCUAAAUAAAGAUAAAAUGGUGAAGAAAGAAUUUUUCAAGGAUGGAAAACAGCUGAAGGACUACAUCUUACCCUGGGGCGCAGGGAAGAGCAUCUGCGUUGGGAGAAAGUUUGCUGUUACAACCAUUAAACAAUUCGUGUUCCUGCUUUUGACCCAUUUUGAUCUGGAGCUGUGCAACCCAGACACCAAAGUUCCUCCAUUUAAUCGCAGUCGCUUUGGGUUCGGGAUGCUGCAACCAGAUGGCGAUCUGCAGGUCAGAUUCAGACUCAAGAGGACACAGCCUGAGAUGUGAGAUGUUGAAAUACCUAACUAAAGUUACAUCUUGAAUGAAAUAUUUCUUAAAAAUAUUUUUUGUAUAAUGUAAUAUUGCACUAUUAAUUUUUUUCAUACCUAAUCUGUUUGACACUAAUUGUAUUUAAGUUUGUUGUGUGUUCAUUUUAUUUGUAAUAAAUGGUGAAAAGUCA